AUUCUCGACAUAAUUCUUACGAAACACACAAAUCUUAAUACUCAAAUAAUGAAUCUAGUAUUUAUGGUUUUAAAAUUAAACAAAUUCUUAUUAAUCCGCUAAAAAUGCCUUCAAAUAAUGGUUAUCAACCGUUGAUCAAUUCAUCAUCAUCAUCAUCAUCACAUACAUCAUCCUCAUCUCAUCGACCAUAUAGGCCUAGGUUUUUAGAUGAAAUAUGUGCGGAUGGUACUGCUCCACCUUCUUUAAAAUUAGGCGACAAAGUUGUCUGGCUCAGUGAUGAUGGUCCAGAAUAUGGUGUUGUUAAAUGGUUGGGAAAAUUAACCGAUGUUGGUAAUGAAUGGAUGGCUGGUGUAGAUUUUGUUAAUCCAAUUGGUUCCGGCACAGGAUUAUAUCAUGAUUAUAAGCUGUUUGAGACAAAAAUGAAUCAUGCAUCAUUAGUACCUAUCGCUGGUUUGAUAAGAGCUAAUGAUUAUAUUGGAAACUAUAGCAACAUAAACAGUAAAAAUGCCGAUACCAUUCUCGUGGCUCCGUUAAAGCCAAAACGAACUAAAAAAACCGAAACUUCCAAAUUCUAUACAAAUGAAUAUUAUCAUACCAAUCUUAAUAAAGAUAUGAUCCAUACAAACGAUGAUUUGGAAAAACGUAUUAAAUUUUCUGACAAUAUUGGCCUUCAUUCAUCAUCAUCAAACAUUAAUUCAAUUUCCAAUGAUUUAGCUGAAUUAAAUUUUACUAAUGUCAUUCAGGCAAAAACUUGCGCAAUCGAUGCCAAUUUCGACAAAUCUAGCCCAUUAAAAUCCACUGAAUGUCCAACAUCAGGAUUGCAUUGUUCAUUACGGUCAAGCAUGAAUUCAUGCAAUAAAACAGAAGAGUUUGUUAAUAGCAAAAAUAAUGCCGAUAAAAUGGAAUGUGAUCAACGUAAAUUAAAUCUUCAAAUCCCUAAAAACAUCCAUAAUAAUAUAAUAAGUGAAGAAAAUCAAGAAUCACCUGACGACGAUGAAUUAUUUGAAAUCGGUUCUGUGGUUGAAGUGGGCAUAAAUUCUACAUCAUAUCAUGGAGUUAUUCGAUGGCUUGGUUUUCUUAAAAAUGAUUUAGACUAUACAAUUGAUUCGAUUAGAAAAUCAAACAAACGUUUCAAGGAUGUUGUUGCGGGAAUAGAACUUGAAGAAGAGAUUGCUGGUUUAACGGAUGGAACAUUGAACGGUCGAAGAUAUUUCAAUUGUUCAAUCAAUAAAGCUUACUUUGUUCCUUUGAAUGAAUGUUCGAAAGAUAGCCGUUUCUAUCAUAGUUCUGCUACUGGUAUUCAAAACGGCAGUUUACUUUUGAAUGAAAAACAAUGUGAUUCUAGUCAUUUUGGAUCAAUCGAUUGUCCGACUGUUUUGGGUAAUAUACCACCAUUGACUACUGCAGAUUUAGAGCGACUUUGUGGCAAGAAUCGUGGAAUUCAAGGCCAUCAUAAUUCCUGUUAUUUAGAUGCAACUUUGUUUGCUAUGUUUUCUUUUAGUUCAAUUUUUGACAGCCUACUUUAUCGUCCCAAACGUUCAAACGACAUUCAGGAGUAUAAUGAAGUUCAACGCAUUCUCAAAGAAGAGAUUAUCAAUCCAUUGCGGUCGAAUUUGUAUGUACGAGCUGAUAGGGUAAUGCAUCUUCGACAACUAUUGGAAAAGAUUAGCUCGGUACGAGGGUUGACUAGCGAAGAAAAAGAUCCCGAAGAAUUCAUAAAUCUUCUCCUCAAUGAGAUAUUGAAAACGGAUCCUUUCCUGAAACUAAGUUCCGGUCUAGAAUCAUUAUUUUAUCAACUGUUUGUUGAAAAAGACGAAAAUCUUCAAUUGCCAAACGUUCAGCAGCUAUUCGAUCAAUCAUUUUUAGCAUCGGAUAUAAAACUACGCGAAGUUCCAUCAUGUUUAAUGAUACAAAUGCCACGUUUUGGCCGUGAUUUCAAAAUGUAUCCCCGAAUAGUUCCUAGUUUGAAUUUAGACAUUACUAAUGUUCUGGACAAUUCACCUCGCCAAUGUAUAAUAUGUGGUGAACUUGCUCAAUUUGAAUGCAAAGAUUGUUUUGGAAAAUUUGGUGAUGGUCUUGAUUCUAUAGCAUUCUGUAUGAUAUGUAUGGAUAAAACUCAUAGUACACAUAAAAAACGCAUCAAACACAAAACGACAAGAUUGAAUGUUCCUCCAGAAUUCACUAUGCUUCAAAAUCAUACAAACAUACCACGGGUGACAAUGGAAUUGUUUGCUGUUCUCUGCAUUGAAACAAGUCACUAUGUUUCGUUUGUCAAAUGUGGAACUGAACCCAACAGUCCUUGGUGUUUUUUCGACAGUAUGGCUGAUAGAAAAGGUGAACAAAAUGGCUAUAACAUACCUGAGGUUGUCGAAUUUCCGGAUUUAAAAUGGUGGAUGAAUGAAGAUGGACAAAAUUUUCUGCAAAAAAAUCGUGAUGAUAAAUUGAUUCCUGAAUUGGCGAGGCGGUUUUUUUCGGAUGCUUAUAUCUGUUUUUAUUCAUCUGAAGCAUCACUUUAUAGAUGAUGAAAACGAUUGAUUGAAACGUGUGUGUGUGUUCGUCUUUUUGUCCACUAUUACAAAAUCAAAAUGUGCAAUUAUAAAAAUCUA